AUGUCAUGGAGCUCCAAUUCCAACAUCGCCGGCUAUUGCCCUCCCGAGAAAGCAACCACGAGCAUGUGGCGAAGGUUGUACCAUACGAGAGAAAAAGAACGUGAACGGAGCCGAGAUCGCAGUCGCCGGCCGAUGGUCGGAAGGGGCCCUGCAAACGGACGUCAUAGCCCACGACCGCAACCUCGUCGUAGAAGCAGCAAUGGUAUAGCAGGUGCGACGGGAACCGUCACCGCUCGCUCGGGAUCCAGCGGAAGUAGUCGACGCAAGGCGCUCGACUCGGAGACGCAUGCCCUCUUUGCCGAUGAUAACCUUGACGACUAUGCAGACACAGAGGACGAUGCCAACUCGGACAGUCUGGGACAUAUUCCGAUCUCGUCACUGACCGAUCGCUCUGGACGACGCGUCGCUGCAAGGGGCCCCGAGUUUCUGCGCGAGGAUCUUCGUGUCCGAUCGACACGUCGCGACGUCGCGGAGAACGGUCGGGGACACGUUGGACGGAGCUCAUCUGAUGGCGUGUUUAAGAGCAACGACAAUGCGUUUGAAGACGGGGUUCUCGUCAAGGACUGGAACAUUUCAGAGGGGGAUACAAACGGGGGCCUGGAGUGGCAAGAGCGGAUGUCCAAGAUCGAUGUAUGGAGCGUCGGUGGACUCUUGUACUAUAUGUCUACGGGGAACCAUCCACCACGAGAUGCAUGGGCCAAAAAAUCUUCCUUUCUUGACGGAAAGGAGGGUCGUACUAUUCCAGCAGAGACCAAGGACCUUGUCCAGAUGUGCAUGCAACGCGACUUAAAACAGCGAGUCUGUAUGCGAGACGUGAAACGUCAGAUUGACAGCGUGUUGCAGGGCCUAAUGUUUGGCCGAGGUCUUUCGCUGUUGAAAACGGAUCGAAAGGCAGCUUUCCUGCUUCUCGACAAGGCCGUAGGGUUCAAAUGGGUACACGCCCUUGGCGAUCACGAGGCCAACCUCGGAGAUUCUGCAUCCACAUCGCUGACCGCCUCCCACCCCACCAAGCUCUCCAGCGAGCCUAGCGUGGAUGUCACACGAGCCGACCAACGUUCGUCAAGCACGACCUGGAGCCUUUCGCGUCAAAAAGCUGAGCCCGAGGUGAUCGGGCUCAACGACAAGACGCGGAGCGGCCUCUCUUGCCUGCCCCUAGUCGUAGUACGUCGUGUGGAAUGGGAAGCCGCAGCACGCUACCUUCGGCGGUCCGAGAAGGAGCUGCUGCACCUCCGGCGGGCGCUUGUAGAUCAACGCUGGACCAAGAGUGACGUCUCCGAUGGGGCGGCGGCCAUUGCCUACCUGUCUGAGCGUGCCGCGGAAGGAGUAACUUCGGCGCAGUCGGCACUGGGUUGGAUCUACCGAUGGGGCGCCGGCGGGGCGAAGAAGGACGUGCACGAAGCCAUGCGACUAUGGAAGCUAGCCGUGGCGACCAAAGACCCCGAAGCCGCGAAUGGGUUGGGGCUCAUCUUCCACCACGGGCGGGACACGAUCCCCGUGGAUGGCCUGCGCGCAAAGAUGUACUAUGAGCAAGCAGUGGCGCAAGGGUACCCGGCAGCGGCCGUCAACUUGGGGGUCAUGCUACACGACGGGGCAGCGGGGCUACCGGUAGACGGGCUAGCUGCGAGAAGGCUGUACGAGCUGGCGGUGGCACACGACGACGCCAUCGCAGCAAACAACCUUGCGCUGCUGCUACAGCACGGGGCGAAGGGGGUGGAACGGGACGCAGGAGCAGCGGUGAGGAUGUACGAGGUGGCGAUUGGACGUGGGGAACGGCACCACGCGUGCCGCAACUUGGCGGAACUGCUGUGGAACGGAGCUGAGGGUGUGCCGAAGGCAAAGGCGAACGCGGUGGAGUACUUCGCACAGGCGAUGGAGAGGGGGGACGAAGGGAGUAGACGAAUGGCCAGGGGGAAGUUGAGAAAGCUUGUAGCUGGAGACCGAGUGGAGAGGGGGUUGGCUGAGCGAUGUUGGCGGCUAGUCGAGGGAGGGUAGAGGCGAUUAGAGCCGAGGAUGUACUCGAAAUGUUUUAUAGGAUUUGUAAACGAGAUUUAUUUUUC